CCAGGGUCAUGGAGAUACAGUGUUUUGAUGCUCUGUAGCUGCGAACUCGAACUCGAACUCGAAGAGAGAAAAUCAAAGGAAAAGCAGAAAGAUGGUGAGGGGUCCUUUUUAUGAUGAAAAUGGAGUGAAGAAAGGUGCUUGGAGUGCUGAAGAAGAUGAGAAACUACGGUCUUAUAUCCAAAGAUUUGGUGGAAGGAACUGGCGUGAGCUACCCAAGCAAGCUGGUCUUCAAAGGUGCGGAAAGAGUUGCAGGUUAAGGUGGAUGAAUUACCUCCGACCUGAAGUGAAGCAUGGAAGGUUUACCGAAGAAGAAGAUGCCUUAAUCUUGAAAUUACACCGAGAGUACGGAAACAGAUGGUCGAAGAUCGCUGCCAGUUUACCGGGAAGAACCGACAACGAAAUAAAAAAUCACUGGCACACUAGAUUAAAAGCACGUGCAAAAUGUAAUCCGACAUCAUCCGCGGAUCAAUCCCGAAGUGAAUCCUUAUCCACCCACGGUUUUGAUGGUGAAGCCGAAAGCAUAUGUAUUGAUAUCCCACCCAACAUGAUACUUGAGAGCUCGGCCUUGGCUCCCUCAGUAACAUCAUCGACUGUCGAAUUGGGAAGCUCUGCCUUGUCUCCGACGAUACCAUCCACUAUCGAAUUGUCCUCCUUCAAUAUGAUACUGGGUAGCUCGGCCUUGUCUCCGAUGACACCGUCGAUGAUUGAAUUGUCUUCGACCAGCCCGGUUGUUGACAAUGGAUAUACGUCGAGCUUAAAUGUCGGAGGCAGCGGUGUGGAGGACGUUUGUCUCCGACCGUGUUCUUUGGCAAUGUAUGAAGAUCUCACCGGAGGAGAUUUCUGGAGUGAGCCGUUUGUGGCGGAGAACGAUCUCCCAUUGCAUUAUGAGAUUUAUUAUGAUGAUUGUGUUGAUUUGUUUUCUAAUCAAAUGAGGGACGGGGACCAACAUAUUUUUUACCAUGUCAAUGUAGUAUGA